AUGGCUGGAGAGGAGUUGUUGAAACUGUUCGAUCAAAACUGGUCAGAGAGAUCAAUCUUCAAGAAACGCAAAGACCCUUUGAAUCUCAAUGAAAAAGAUUCUAAAAAGCGUGGAGAAUCAGAGAUUCCAGAGGAAGAAGCUACGAAGAAUUUUCCGGUGAAUGAUCUGUUGUCUCCUAGAUCGGUUUUAACGGUUAAAUCAACGUCGAUGAAGCUUCAGACGAUUCUCUCCGGUAAAGAAGUGAGAGAGUUCUCGAGUGCAGAAAGAGAGAGAAUUUGGGUUUUGUUUUCUCGGAGGAAGACCAUAAAGACACAGAUCUGGUCUCGAUUCUUCCUGGAUUACAGAGAUUGGUGA